AUGCAGUCGACUCCCGCCUGGUCUCAUCCUUCCGGAGACCAAGAUCCUAUUCCUCGUCCUCAACACCUCUCGGUUUCCGGCAGCACCGACACCUCCUCCAUGGCCUCAGCGUCAGGUCGCAGUUCGUCGGCCUCUGGCCGCUCCCAAUCCACCAAAACAGUGCCCGAUAAACAGAUUUCCCAAAUCGAAAAGAGCGUGACGCACCUCCUAGUGGCAACCAAACAACUCCUCGAAACCUUGACACAGUGGUCUCGAAAAGCCGCCUCGGAAACAGAUGUGUCAGAUGUUUACGUGCGCCUCGGCUAUGAAUUCAACCUCGCCUGUCGCGCGUUCAAUGCGAUCGGUGUCGAGACCUCGGACUUGGGUCCUGUGCCCGACGUACUGCGCACAAUACUCGAAGACACUCUCAGCCAGGAUGCAUCCCCGCAGAGCCUCGACCGAUACCUCCCCCAAAUUCGCGAUAUCAUCAUAAACCUCCUCCACGGCCUGAAGAAGAAGCAAGCGCGCCUACGGUCUCGACAGCAGAAGGAAGAGGGUCGAAGUGGGAUGCCCGGGCGGCAAGCGAGUGCCGGAAGCCUGUCUAGCGAGAAGACAAAUAUCGGACAGCUCUACGAUGAAACCGCCGCCUCAAUACUACCUCCGGGUAGCGUGCCAUCUCCCAAGCGCUCGGCGCGUCGAUACGGAAGCAAUGGUUCGUUGGAGGACUCUCCCGCCCAACAGGGCACCUCACCAGGGCCAUCUGGUUCAAGCUACUCAGAGCGAGAUGCCUCGCGCAAGGAAACCCAGCAGUUGCUCUCCCAAGCGACGUCAGAUAACGAACCGACCCCCCGGGCGACUCCAUCGGCAGCGCCGCCAGACUUCCCUGCCCCGCCGCCUCCGCCGAAGCAGGACGAUGCGCUUGGCGCUUUACAGAGAAGUGGUGAGCUAGAGCGGCGCGCCUCGCGUCGUUUCUCUGCCUACCAGAUACAGAAACACUUGGGUACCUCGUCAAACGGUGUGCCUGUUAUCCCCUCACAAAACUCACCAGUCCCCAACCGAGGACGUGAUGUGCGCGAAUCGCUCAACGCCGUGCGCCUCCGAGGUCCCUACCAACACUCGCGCCAGCGAUCCACGAAAGGCUCCCAAGACGUCACCAAAGGAGGACAGGCCCAGGCUGCUGCAAACAUCCCCCGGGCGGUACAGGAGGAAUCUCCGAAGGCUUCCACUGAAACCGCGGAGCCUUCCCCCGCACCCACACCUGCACCCGCAGAAAAUAAGCCACCACCUACUGGCCCCUCUCUCGAUGAUGCCUUUGACCCCGAGAAGAGUAGCUCCUCUCCCGUUCGCGAGACAGCCCCGGAAACGCCAAAGAAAGAUCGAAUUGAACCAGUUGACAUUGCCACGCCUCCUCCGAUCCCUCAGCUCGCUGUCGACCAACCGUCCCCAGGGAAAGAACUGACCCUGUUCCUGCAGUACAAGAGCAAGAUCAAGAAGUAUGUUCUGCUAGAAGGCAUCGCAGAACUGACCAUCGGGCGACUGCAAUUGGCAUUCAUCGAGAAAUUUGCAUGGAAUGUCCACAACAACGGCAUGGACCUUCCUGAAAUCUACAUACAAGAUCCAGUUUCCGGAAUUCGCCAUGAGCUGGAAGAUUUGGGCGAUGUCAAGGACCGUUCGGUUCUCGUGUUGAAUGUGGAUAACCUUGAUGAAGUGAAGAAGCACUUUGAUGAUAGUUUUGGAAACGUGCGGACUCUGGUGGAAAGCGUAAAAGAGGCGCUCAGUGGUCAGGGAACCGUCAUUCAACGUCUCUCAGAUCGUCAACUGGAGGCCGCAAAGGAAAUGGCUCGCCUCGCAGCAACGCCCUCGUCAUCAUCUGCCCCUGGCGUCGGUAGCAAGAUCGCCUUGACUUCAGGAACUGGUAUUCCUAUCGGUGAACUUCAAAGCCUGCGCCGUGACUUAGCUGUCGUCAGGCAAACUUUCACCAACUUCCAAUCCGACAUCACUGGCUCGAUGACUGACCUUCGCACCAAGGCAAGCCUGGUCAAGACUGCCGCGGAGGACGUCGCCGUUACAAGCUACGAGGGCGACGCCGGCCGAGCACGUGUUGGAACCGGCAAAAAGGAGUUGGCUGGUGAAUCCGAGCGUCUUGUCUCACGCGUCGACGACCUCCAAGAUCUGGUUGAAGAUCUGCGCAAGGACGUGGUACAACGCGGUGUUCGCCCAUUGCCACGACAACUGGAGGGCGUCAGCCGCGACAUCAGCAAUGUGACGAAGGAAAUCAAGAAGAUGCAAGACUUCCUGGGACGUGAGAAGCCCAUCUGGACCAAGAUCUGGGAGAAGGAAUUGCAACUCGUCUGCGAGGAGCGAGACCAACUCACAAUGCAAGAAGACCUCGCAGCGGACCUGCAAGACGAUCUCGAAAAGGCGGCGCAAACUUUCGCCCUGGUCGAACAAGCCACCAAGGAACAAGCGCAGGAGAAGGUCAACGGUGCUGUCACAUUGCGCGCUACCUCGCGUACCCUUGGGAUUGACCCCACAGUUGAUCCGGUGAAAGCCAAGGACGGUGUUCUCGGCGAGGUGCGCGCGCUCCAGCCCAAUCACGAAAGCCGAAUCGAGGCCAUCGAGCGCGCGGAGAAGGCCCGCAAGAAGGAACUCGAGAAUCGCCGUGCCAAUCUCUUCCAGAAGGAGCUCGGUGCUUUCGUGCAGGAGGAUAAGCUCAAGAAGAGCGGUGGCGUUGAAGAGGCCGAGCGUCUGCGUAACGCUAAAGACGACCGCAUUCGCAAGGAAGUCUGGGACAGACAACAAGCCCGCAACGCGGAGAUGGAGAAAGCCGAAGCCGAAGCCGCAGCAGCACAAGCAGCAGCAGGAGAGCAAAAAACCGAAGGCGAGAACGAGGUCUCCGGAGAAGCCGCGGUCGAAGAAGAAGCAGGUGGUGGCGAGGAGGCAGCACCCAAAGAUGAAACACCGACAGAAGAAGAGAAGAAGGAAGGAGAUAAUCCCGAUGAUUCGAGUGCGGAGAAAGCGCCCGAGUCUUAA